UUACAUUGUGACGCUCCUUCCAGCUAUCUUAGUUAUGGGAAUAACUGACUUGGAUCCCACCUGCGAGGGAAUCACCUGUGACGGAACUGAACUAGACUCAAACUACACAGAAGACAAGCCUGCUGCCACCCAUCAGUGGGAGCUCCAUCUGGAGGACUGCAGCAAUCUGACAGUACUGAAGCACUCCCCCAAUCUGCACACUCUGGACUUGGCGAACUGCUCCAGUGGCGAACUGCACGCGGACGACCUCAGUGCGCUGCCUAAUCUCGGCUACCUCCAUUUGCGAGGUGGCCAUCUGCCGGAGCUGAGUGACGGGCUGUUUGCUAAGCUGCCUGACCUGAAAGUUCUCGAGCUGGGAGGCAACGCCAUAAGCCGUAUUCCUGCCACCACCUUCAGGGGACUGUUUAAGCUGUGGCUGCUUGGACUGCAGGACAAUAACAUUAGCGCCCUGCCUGAUGCAAUAUUCCUCCAGCUUCGAAAGCUGCUGCACCUCGACCUUGGAAACAAUCAGAUCGAGACCCUUCAGGAAGGAAUCUUUGCCGGAAGCCCUCGGCUCCAGAUACUACUGCUCCAUGGAAACCCGCUGACCAAAGUAUACCCUUCGACUCUCCGGUCACCGAGGCGGCUUAUUCUAUUAGACCUGAGCAACUGCGGGCUCUUGGAGGAGCUGCAUCUCAACGAUGCCUAUAUACUCAUGCUGGAAAACAAUGCCAUGCAGAGCCUUUCCAUCGAGGGCAGUGUGGCCAAGCUUCAGGCGGCUAAUAACAAACUAACCCAUCUCCACAUGAGCGACAAGAAGUCCAUCGUCAAGCUAGAGCUUCAUGAAAACAAGCUGGAGGCCGAUGACAUCCCCAGCAUGGUCAUGGGGAUGUGGAGGCUUGACUACUUAGAUCUCUCCAAAAACUUUAUCGACAGCUUGCCCGUGCCCAGUGGCGACAAUACAAGUGAGUUUUUCCUUCUGCCCAAUCUGAGGUUCCUGAACCUGUCAAAUAAUCUCCUGGAGCACCUGCACAGUGACUCACCGCUGCUGUCCCCUAGCCUCACCUACUUGGACCUCUCGUACAACCUAAUAUAUAGUCUGGAGCCGCAUAUUUUCAGCUUGAUCAAGGAGCUAAAGGGCCUGCACAUCGAGGGGAAUCUCAUCCGGCAAUUUCAAUACGAUCACUUCUACCAGCAACAACCGCGGCUCAAGGAGUUGUCGCUCUUCGAUAAUGUAUUUACCACGGAGAGCUACCAGGCCAUCACCAAAUACUUCACGGAGGCUGGGGUCCGAGUUAUAGAGAAGAUUCAAAGAUCAGCUUCUGGUCACAACAUAUCCGAGGACUUUAUAGAUAAUUCGGAGCCAUCACCACCGAAAACGGGACACCGUUAUCCUAACCGUCAGCAAUGCGCUAAUAUUCAAAAAUGGAGCUCAGGAGAUGUAAUGAUCUGGGUGGGUCUGUUAACGUCCCUCGUUCUUAAUGUUGUCCUUGUCCUGUUUUUUCGACAUGCCCGCGGACAGAAAUGCCCUAUUUCGCUCUUUUGGUUUUUCGGGACAAGGCAAAGGUCCAACAUGGAAGCAAGACUUGUCAGUAUUGAAGACUCGGAGAGAAACACCUGUAGGCUCUCGGACUUGGAUACUCGCUUGCAAUUCUCAGCCAAAACAGCUCCGAGAAUCGACACCUUGAGUUUGGGAUUCUGUUCGGACUUCAGGGUGCUCGAACUCACGCCCAAUCUCGAGUACUUGAAUUUGAUCAACUGCAGCAGGGACUUCAACUUCGAUGCUCUGAACACAAUGUCACAACUCAAGCUGCUGAGGAUUCGGGACAGCCGUCUUUCGGAGCUUCAUCAUGACCAGUUCGCCAAGAUGCCCGCCUUAGAGGCUCUCUGUUUGAACGGAAACGCCAUCGAAGGAAUGGUCAAUGGAACCUUUGCGCAACUCCAAGAACUUGUGACUCUAGAAUUGUCGGACAAUUCAAUUAAGUUUCUUUCAAAGAGUGUUUUCUAUCCUCUUAUGAAACUGGAAAGUCUUGACCUAAGUAAUAAUAAGAUUACAUCCAUUACAGCGGACACCUUUUCGCGGAAUGUUCAAUUGAAUUUGUUACGACUCAAUGGGAAUCCAUUGACUAACCUGAUCUUUCCGAGUGAUUUACCCAAGUUUAGACUUGAUUUCCUCGAUCUAAGCGACUGUACCCAGCUGAAGAAUCUGCAGUUGUCCGUUGAGGUAAAUACGCUAGUCCUGGAUAACUGUGGAGUGGAAAGACUGCGCAGCAAUAAAAGCAUCCAAAGGCUGAGAGCCGCCGAGAGCAAACUAACCCACGUAGACCUGCAUGGGGCUCAAUUGGAUGGCGUAUUUCUCAGCGAAAUCCUUUGCGACUUACAGACCCUUGAAUGGUUGGAUUUGUCUAACACCUCAAUAGAAACAUCACACGUGUCCGGCAGCAAUUUCAACCACAGAAGAUGCCCCCUGCUCAAUAUCAGGUUCCUGAACCUCUCCAGAAAUCAAAUCGACAGUCUGCCAUCGGAGUCGCCGCUCUUUGGGCCCAGCCUAAUAAUCUUGGAUCUCUCCCACAAUAAGCUGGAAAGUAUAUCAAUGGAACCCACAAAGUCGCAUAAUCUGCAAAGCCUGCGGCUGGAGGGAAACAAUCUGACCAGCUUUUACUAUCGCUACUUUUAUGACUGGCACAGAAACCUCAAGGAGCUGGCUUUCUAUGACAACAAGUUUGGUUCUAGUUUUAACAAUGAAAUUGUUGAAUACUUUAGCCUCAAGCAUGUCCAUGUAAUUCAGAAGGACAAUCAGGCACGGGACACCCCAAAACCUCUGCACUAA